ACCUUCGAUUUUUAGAGAGAGAGAGAGAGAGUAAUGUUACAGUUUCCGACGUUGAUGAGUCAGUUCCCGUCAUCGACGAAGACGAUUCCGGCGUCGCAUCUGCUACCUAUACAGUGGCCUCAGCCUCCGAACGAAGAGAUUCUUCUGGCUAUGGAAGAAGCUGAGUUCGAAGAAAAGUGCAACGAGAUAAGAAAGACGAGUCCUAGCUUACCCGUAGUAGGAAAACCAGUCGUUGACAACCAACAAGAAGAAGACGAUGAUGAUGAAGCAGAUGAUGACGAUGAUGCAGACAAUGGAGAGGAAUCAGAUGGUGAAGAGUUCGAGCAAGAAACCCGUUAAGUAACAACCUCCACAACAAAUGGAGUAAAAAAGAAGUUUAAUGAUGGCAUUAGCUUUUGAUUUGGUGGAUACAUUUUUCUAAAUCUUAUGGUGCCAAAACAACUGUGAUUCUGUCUUUGGAAGGUGGGAACAAGUUGAAACGGUUUGGCCUCAGAGUUUUAGUCAUGGAUUAUUAAUUGUCUUGGUUUCAUGAUGGUUAUUUUUUACCUUGAAAAUGUUAAAGUUGACUGGUA